CUCUAGCUGCGCCCAUCGUGUUGCUGCUGUUGGGUUGGCCGAUGUGAGGAUAAGUUGCCGUGGCCACAGUAUUCAAGCCAUUCAAGUUGUUGCAGUGCAGUACUCUACAAAUGUACAAAAGUUGAAGUUCAAGUUGGAGGUUCAAGUUGCCAUUACGCGGACGGCCGCCGCGCUGGUAACGGUGCCGGCUAAUAAACCGACGUCAACUUGCAGAGGGUUCAAUUUCCUGCCUUUACGACUCCGACAUUACGCGAGCACAGCCAUCUCCCUCCACCAUACAGUACCUAGUAUCGUUCCUAACAGUUCAAGUCGCAGUCAGAUGCUGGUAUUGGGUUGCGUAUUAGUCUGCUUACACUCGCCGUCGGCAUUUCACUCUUCAAGCAUACCUACGUUUCUUGCUUCUCGCCAAUUGAGAGGUCGUCAUCCGGGACACGACCUUGGGAACCGCAACCAUGGCGUCCGUAACUAGCCUGGACCAAGAUAUGCGCAAGUUGCGCCUGGACCGAUACACGCCUGGCGCCGCAAAAGAAGUGCGCACUUGGAUCGAGAGUGUCUUGGGUGAAAAGCUGCCGCCUGGCGAUCUGAUGGACGCGCUCAAAGACGGUGUCGCACUCUGCAAGCUCGUCAACUUAGCUGUCUCCCCCGGGAUCAAAUACAAGCAGUCAAACAUGCCGUUUGUCCAAAUGGAAAACAUCUCCCACUUCUUACGCGCAUGCGAGAUGCCACCUUUGAAUCUCCCCUCGCAUGACCGCUUCCUUACCGUCGACCUGUACGAUUCCAAGGAUCCAGCCCAGGUCAUACAAUGCAUUGCAGCUUUCAGCCGCGCCGCAAAUGCAAUUAACCCUUCGGUCUUUCCAACCACCUUGGGAGCCAAGAGCAAGGCCUCCUCAAUGAGCCCUCAGGGCACCGGAUCUAGUGGACCAAGAUCGCCUGCCUAUACAACCACCGCAACCAGACCGCGCGGAACCAGCAACACGGCCGCCGAAAGUCCCUCGCUUGCCUUCAACAGCAUAAACCGCGCAACCUACGCAGGCCGGGUGAGCCCUACUAAGAGUAAUCUUGCCCGAGGAGGCCUGGCCAGUGGAGGCACAGUGAGCAGUUGGAGCAACAAAAACGACGAGGGCAAGACAGUUCCCGCAUGGAACAUACAUCAAUAUGGCUAUAUGGGUGGAGCGAGCCAAGGCAAUCAGGGCGUUGCAUUUGGAGCCCGAAGGCAGAUUACCUCUCCUGCACCAAAUGUGCCGAGUCUCGCGGAGAAAGAGAAGCGUCUGAAAGAAGAAGCCGAGAGGAAGCAACGCGAAGCAGAAGAACAGGAGAGGCGACUACGGGCCCAACAGGCCGCUGAAGAGGAGCAAGCCCGGCUAGAGGAGGAGCGCAGAUGGGCCGAAGAGACGCGCCGACUACAAGAGCGCGAAGCAGAAGAACAGCGGACGGCAGAGCGGCAGCGACUACAAGAAGAGGAACGAGUUCGGCAAGAAGAACAGCGUCGGCAGCAACGAGCUUAUGAGCGUGAUCGUGAGCGGGAAACCGUUGAACAAGCGGAACGAGAGUCUCGGAUGGAAAAGGAACGUAGUCGCCAACGCGCGACCAGUGACGCCCGCUUGAACGGCCAGUUUCUCAGCCAGUACCAGUCCGAACAAGCCCGCGCCCAUGAUACCGCCCCAGCGAAGCCGCUCGUCGCGCAGCAGACUGCCGAAAGCAAACGGAUUGCUGAGCUUGAACGUCAAUUGGAGGAAAUGAAGGCUCAGCAAAGACAAACGGCCAGGCGAGUGCCGGAAGUUGGGCCAGAGUCAGAGCCGGAGCCUCCUGCUCCUCCCUUGCCAAGCAGGCCUCAGGCUCCCCAGACGAGCCGGGAAGAAGACUGGGACAUUUCCGAGAGAGACUACCUGAAGCAAGAGUGGCAAAAGGCUCAAGAUUCGGAAAGUCAACGCGCCCCGACAAAGCCCCCGCGUGUCAAUGCCAGCUCCUCGAGCCGACCUCUUCCAGACCCGGCCACCUACACCCCUGGCACAAACCGCACAGACCGAUACCUUGCCUCCCAUCCACCGCCGGCCCAGCCUCAAGCCGCCUCACACCGUCCACAGGACUAUUCCACCACGACCGAAGUCGACCUCGAACAAGAGCGACGCAUUCAAUCGCAGGCACGCACCAAAGCAGGUGGCUGGGCCUCGAAAUCUCUUCUUGAGCGUGAGAUGGAGCGUGAACGUGAACGCCAGCGUGAAUGGGAAGAGGAGCAGCAGGCGAUGGCCUCCAGAGCACGCGAUAGGGGCGAAGGAAGCGCGCCUGGACAUUCCUGGGACGUGCAUCAAUAUGGGUACAUGGGCGGUGAUAGUCAAAAUCGGGGCGGUCCUGGCCUAGGUGUCGGAGGAGCAAGGCGACAGAUCAUCGGCCCGAGGCCACCGCCUUGAGAAACCAUCAGAUGUACCUGCCUUAUACCGUGGACUGGAAUCCACGUCUAUCUCACGGAUGACCAAGGGUCUGCUACCAAUGGUGCACCGGUGAUGGUGUGCAUUCUUUCAUGCCUGCAAUUGAAGCAUUCUGCACACAGAUUCGAAAAUCAUGCACACAUCAACGGUGUUGGAUGGCCUGCUCAAUUUUUGCUCGGUUAGAUCCCGCUGCAAGUGCUUCGUUGAAUCAUGUUAGUCCCUCGACCACCUUGAUCAUCCUCUCCCCACUCUCCGCCAACCAUGUCCAUGCUGUCUGCUGCUCUUCCUUCUGAAGCUUCUUUUGCCUUUUCCCUUCGCCUAGGUCGACAACUCGACCCAAGCGCCUCUCAACCCCGUUCUUGACAGCGUCGGUAAGCUUUUCCGUCCUUUCCAAGGCACCCAACAAUGCCAGGGAUCGCGUCAGGGAUUCCAACAGCAAGGAGACGCGAGCGUUGGCGUCAAUGCUAUUCCUCCCAGCCGCAAAGGGUAGGUAUUCGUUUUCCAGUUUGUCCUGGGACAAGAGCACGUGCGAGCGGAUAGACGGCGACGAGUUUUCGAGGAUACGUUGUAAGAGCGAUUCGCAAAACAAAGUCAAUGUCUGUGGCUGGAAUAUGUGCGACCACGACGCGCCUGCGGUGUCCGUGUCCGCCUGUUGAUGAAUCGCGGGUGUCGGCGUCGAUGCCGUCGAAGGAAGGACGAUUCGUGCAAAGACCGGAAGAGGCAGGGGCUUGGUGAAUUCCACGAACAGGGUCAGCAGUUCUUCCAGGUCAGGGAAAGUCGUGGGCGAGGUCGAAGUCAGCGUCGGGUGUGAGGACACUUCGACCAGAAGACGCAUCAGCCGGAGUCGCAGGUCCAAUGAUGUAGGAUCUGACAUCUUGUAUGCCGUAGACGGUGCUGCCGAGGUGUCGCCAUUAUUGUCUAUGUCAUCCCGCAGACUGCCUGUGCUGGUCUGGGGUGUGAGUCGCCGCGAUGAUGGCGUGCGGUUUCGUGUGCGCGUCGUCCGUCUCACAAGUCUAGCAGCCGUUCCGGCCGGCGUGCCGGCACUAGCCAGAUCUUCGGGGUCAGAUAAGUCCGAUUCAUCCUGAGCGAGGUAAUCGCCGUAGAUAUCUUGUUCAAUAUCGACAUCGACCUCUCG